CUUUGAAGAGGUCUUGGUUGCCAAAAUACAACGUUUCGAUUCUGUCCUACGGACUGUGCUCUGCUGAGCUUGACCUUAACUCAAUUAUCCUUUCGUCAGCAAACUUGGCCGCCCCUCGGAAAUAAGCGGCUAGGCAGUCGAUCCGGUCCGCCCGAGACAGAGAGGAGGGGAAGUAAGGAUGAGCUGGCCUUACCAGUUCCUCGACCUCGACCAAGCGCAAAAACAAGCGCGUCGUCACGCCCUCGAUCGCUAUGGCUUGAUCGCGCAGUUGUCUGCGCUGGUCCCGGUCGCGCUAUUCCUGCUGUACCGUCUUGCAGCAUGGGGAAUAGCUAGGGCGACGGGUUCGGAUGGCGGGAACUAUGCCGCCGUUCCAAACUCGCCUGUCUUGAAGCGCCACCGGUUGAGUACUGUGGGAUCGUGGAGGAGUCGCGCCCGCAAGCUUGCCUGGUGGUUUGGCGACGAUGUAGUCUUGGGGUGGAACUGGGGGCCGCGAGACCAGAUCAUACUCGGGACUGCGUGGACUAUCUGGCUGCUCAUACUUUGCGUGGUCGGCACAGGAAAGGACUAUCUCCAUCUCACGAAACGGUUUGGCAUCGUCGCGGUGUCGCAGUUCCCCGUGCAGUACCUGCUGUCGCUGAAGUAUCUCAACCCAAUUGCACUGGCGCUCAGGUCUUCCCAUGAGGAGGUCAACCGCUGGCAUCGCGUUCUCGGCCGGGUCACCGGUAUCUUCGUAACGCUGCAUGCCUCUUUUUACUUCAAUUUCUAUUAUCAGAAUAACCUGCUCGGCCAAAAGAUAACCUCUCUUGUUCCGGUGUUGGGUUUCAUCUUGAUCACAGCCAUGUACCUCCUGUACGGGACAGCUCUCUCAGUUGUGCGACAGUAUUCAUAUAGGCUAUUCUUCAUCACACAUCUACUGGUCGCGCUUGCGCUCCCUCCAGUCAUCUACUUCCAUGCCCACCAUGCAUCGAUUUACGUCUGGGAAUCUCUAAUCGUCUUCCUGUUAGACAUCGCAACUCGCAGAUUUGGUCUUAUUACGGCCGACACGAAGGUCGAGUUGAUUCCCGGCACAGAUCUUAUUAAACUCGUUGGCAGCAUCCCAAGGGGCAAGAUUACACGUUUUGCGAAGAACCCAGGCACACAUAUCUACCUGAGCAUACCUUCAGCCUCCCGCCCGCACAGAAACCCUAUUGCGGCUGCACACCUUGUCUUCGAAUUCUCUUUCAACCCUUUCUCUGUUGCAGAAGUGGAUGAGAACGCCGGGCAGUUGACGUUAGUUGCUCGUAGACACAAUGGUCCUAUGACGAGAGCCUUGACGAGCUUUGCGAGUCACCCAAGUAGUGAUCACAACGUUAAGCUCUCCUUUGAUGGACCUUACGGGUGUGCCAUGCGUUUCCCCAACCUGGCAAGCUCCGCGUUUGACCGGAUCCUUUUCGUCGCGGGGGGAGUAGGAGCAACAUUCACGCUUCCACUUUAUCGCUGGGUUUUGGCCGAAAACCCGGCAGCUCGGGUCCAGAUGGUAUGGGCAGUACGGGGUGCUGGUGAUGCCACCUGGCCAGUAGGCGGGGAAGGGAAGGGUAUCACAGAUGAUGACAAUAUUCAGCUCUUCCUUACAGGUGAUAUACUAGAGAACACAAUCGAUAAUGCAAGGACAAGUAACGAGAGCGAAGACAUCGAGAUGGUUAGCUUAUCCAACGAGGACGAGCAAACGAAGCAUGCUCUACUUUAUAGUGACAGGAGACCAAAUCUACAGAAAAUAGUGGAUGGGUUCUUCAGACAGGGCGCUGAAGAGAGGGUUGCAGUGCUUGUCUGCGGACCGGAUGCCAUGGCGCGCGAUCUACGAUCUCACGUCGGAGCGUGGGUUAAUAAAGGUAGAGAUGUGUGGUGGCAUAAUGAGAGCUUUGCUUGGUAGACACGGAAAGCUCACUAACUGCUUAUGUUUUUUCUUUGCUACCUGUUGCAUGGCAUAGCCAUAUACCGGUUCCCGUAUCAGCGGCAAUGAUAUAUAAGUCUACAUUGCCGGCUCAAGCAUGUAAUGGCGGGGUCUGUGAAUGUUGUAUCGUGCGGCUUUAUCGCUGUCGGCGACAAACAGUUAGGCAACAGUCUCUUCGGAAUGGAGUAAAAGCGCUGUCAUCAGAGGCAUUACUACUGUAAGCCCUCUUCAAAUUGUCUUACAUCAUCUAUCACUGCAGCGCAUGGCAUUCCACCACUUUCUAUCCCUUUGAUACCAUCAGCGGAAUGUUACUUUAGCAUAUCCUGUACGGCAUCAUUGAAAGACUAGAUAAGACGCGCAAAGCCCUCAUGGGUCACAGAGGCUUUAUUUGGACCGA